AUGUAAUCUGUCAACAAAUUGUUUGUUAAAUGUCAAUCAGAACCAGCAAAAGAGGAGAUAAUUUUUAAGACUGAAUUCUUUAAGUUCACAAAUCACAAAUCAGUUUAAUUGCUUUUAUGUAGUGAUGAGCACAUUUACAAAAUAAAUGUAAAAUAUGAAUAAUUAAGUUUUUAGAAAUAGAAGGUUUAUAAGGUUUCACUUUAGUCUUUACGAUUUAGUGUAAAAGCAGAAUAAACAAAUAAAUAGACUUAAAAAUAGAUGAAAGGUGAUGAAUUUCAUACUUAAAUAUACAAAUUUACAUUGGAGAGAGAUGACACAGAUGCUAAUGAAUUUUAUAACUUUAACUUCUAAACAAUGUAUUGGUUCGACAACUUGAGGAACAAAUUAAAUAUGCUUGAUUAUUGGGUGAACUAUGAUAUUUCUAAAUUAAUCGGUAAAGGAACUUUUGCAUCAGUUUAUGAAGCAAAAUCAAAGUUCGAUAAUUAAAUGUAUGCAGCAAAGGCAUUUUAUAAGAAAACAUUAUUUCAAGAUCCAAAAGGAAAAGUAUUUUUUUAAAUAUAUAUUGUUUAGGAACAAGUUGAAAAUGAGAUUAGAAUAAUGAGAUAACUAAAUCAUCCAAAUUUGAUAAAUUUACAUGAAGUAUAUGAAAACAAGGCAUAAAUCUAUUUAAUAAUAGAUUUAGCUAGAGGAGGAUCUCUCGAAUAUGCAUUAAAAGUAUUAAAUGGUCCUGUUCCUUUUUUAUCGGCUAAGGUGAUAUUCCGUUAAAUAGUAGAAGGAUUAAAUGGAUUACAUGAAAAGAAUAUAAUGCAUAGAGAUUUAAAACCAGAUAAUAUUCUUUUUAGAGAAUUUGUACCAUUAAAAAGAUAUGGAUUAAUUCAUAUGGGACCUAAUAUAAUGGUAAGUGAUUUUGGUGUUUCAAGUUAAGUUUAGGAAAAAUUAAAUGUCUAUUAAUAUACUGGAACACCAGGAUACAUGGCACCUGAAGUAUUUGAGACUGAAUUGGAUUAAACAAAAACAUAUAACGAAAAAUGUGAUAUAUUUUCCUUAGGUUGCAUUUUGUAUUAUUUAUUAAUUGGCAAACCAUUAUUUGCUAAUAAAUAAGCAAAUAUGGAAAUGAAAAUAGAUUGGAUGGUUGUUGAAUAAGAAUUGAAUUCAAGUCAUUCUCUUACGAUGUUAUUAUAGAGAAUGUUAUCUCCAAAUCCUUAAGAAAGACCAUCAUGCAAAGAAAUUUUGGAGAAUAAGAUAUUAGAAGUAGAAUAUGGAGAAGAUGGAGUUCCCUUAUUUAAAGACUUUCAGAGACCUAAGAGUAGUCCACCAAAAAGAUUAAUUUAAGAAGAUCCACUUAAAAAUAAAGGUAAGAGAGGUAGUGUUUUAAUGAACAACAAAGCUAUUAAUAUGAUGCCUAUUAUGGAAGAAAAAUAAAGGGAUUCUGGUAAUCAUAAAUUUACCAAAAGAAAUACUAAUAUGGACAUUUAAGAUAUGAAAUCUAGUCAAAUUAGUGUGAAUCCAUAAUCUGUAAAACAGGCACGGCGUUCGUCAGCUAUUGUUCCUGGAACUGCUAAAAGACCAUCAUAAUAAUGAUUAAAUU